CAUCCGGAUACGCGUGGGAUUGCCCGAUCCAGUCCACGAUGGCGGCUGGGAGCAGCCACGUCGUGCUCGAGGCCAUGUCCGUAGGCGUGGAUGGUACCAUGGCGCGCGACUGGUUCUACGACUCGGCGCAUCGAUGUAUCAUCGCUCUCCGUCCUUGCGCGGAUGGCUCUGGCGAAUCUGACGGCCGCUUGUCGCUGCAGCUCGCCGGGCUGCCAGACGCGUCAGCCAUGCCAACAGGCCGCUACGGCAGCUACGCCCGAGGCACGGCCUUCUGUAGCGCAAAGCUGUCUACAAGCAAGCAGUUUCUCGCGCUCCAGCGCAGCGACGUCGAGGUUGAGAUUGCCGUGCUGCGCGAGCCACACCACCGCUUCAACGUUCUCUGCAAGCGCUCGUCGCGCAUCCUUGGGCUCGUCUGGAGCUCCAAGAUUGCGUAUCUCAAGACGUCGACCGAGUACCUUGUGCUGGUGACGACGGGUGGCCUCGAGCAGUUCAAGGUGACGCCGGUCAAGUGCACCUUUCAGAGGCUCGUCGCGCACGCCACGUUUGCGUAUUGGUACAACGUCGACGCGCACCUCGUGGUGCUGCAGACAGGCGCCAACGCGUCCGAGCUUCGGCCGUUCAUCCUCGAAGGCGCGAUCGUGACCAAGUGCUCGAAAGUCGUUGUCGCCGGCGUCGCUCGCGUCUGCGUGGCGACGCUCUACGACACGUACUACAUCCUCCACUGCACGUCGUCGCAGCUGCUCUUCUACCGCGUCGAGGCGGGGACGGACACCAAGUGCGUCCGGGCGCUCGAGCUGCCGUUCCCUGCGCACGCCGACGUCGCGUUCUCGGUCGUCGACAACGUCGUCGUCGCCCACAGCCGCGCGUUUGGCGUCUCGUGCCUCUACGACAUUGCGCUGGACGUUGCCGAGCCGGUAGUCUCGCCGCUGCCGCCGGCACCUGCCACGACCGACGGCCACUUUCUCUGGCCCCACUACUAUCACGCCCCGAGCGCUGGCUUUGCCACGGUGACGCUGGCGCUGGUCGAAAUCUCGCGCUGUGCGUCGGCGGGGCUUCGCGCGAGUGCGCUCGUCCGCUUCUUGCUCCGACGCGCCGACGCCCACGUGGCAAAGAGCUGUGUCUUUGCGUGUUUGCAAGCGCGGAUCGCCGACCGCGCACCCGUCGCCGAAAUCACGGGCCAUUUUCAUCUCCUGCAUCGCAUCUAUGGCCUCGCGAUGCUGGAUCGGGACCCGCGGCGUGCCGGGGCCGAGCAGCGGGCGCUGACGGCCUCGUCGUCUUCGUCGUCGUUGUCGCCUGGCGAGCUGGUCGACCUCCGAGACUCGAAGCAGCGCAUGCUGGUCGUACUGCAGCGAGAAUGCUAUGUGCACUUGUGGCUGCCGCUGCAGCAAGCCCAUCCCCCCGACGUCGUACAUCUCUAUCUGAGCGCAUACCUCCACACGCUCGAGGCCUUUUCGAUCCCGAUCGAACCAGCCAUACUCCAGCUGUAUGUUCAAGUGCUCGUGCAGCGAGGGCAGUGCCACGAAGGCCUCGCGUUUCUCGCCGCCAAGCACGACUCGCCCUUGCUCGCCCACGAGCUGGAGCUCCAGGCUCAACUGGCGUAUCGUCCGUUCUUGCAAGUGGCCCUCGACAUGUACCAUCGUCUCGGGCGCGUCGACGACGUUCUGCGUCUUCUCCUCGCCGACAGCAACGUCUCGAUGGCCUUGCGACUUGCCCAACGGGUGUUGCACAAGCACGACCAGCUACCGACAAUUUGCACGCCUGCGUGGUUCUAUGACGCGGUCGCGUCAGCAGCCACCAGGGCCGACGCCGCGCCGGCCAGCGUGUGGCAGUGGUUUACAGCGCUCCAUCUCUUCUUGCGCAUGUUUGACAAGACCUGCGUCUCGUCCCCGCCACCGUCGCCGCUCGCAAUGGCAGCCACGGUCCCGUUUCCGUUCGGGCGGUUUGCUGCGGAGGCGAUGGCGACCGAGAUGGCCCGUCGGUUUGGCUUUGUUGAGAGUGAGAGAGACGCAGAGAAGAGGUAUAUAUAAACACAUGAGUGCGUGGGCGCCAAGA